UGCCGCCCCCAGCUGCGAGGCUGGGACUCGCCGUCCCCUCCCUCCCGCUGCCCGGUUCCGCCGAGCGCAGCGCGGGGCCGGAGCGGUUCCGGGUCGCGGAGGCGGAGCCGGAGGGAGGCGCCCGGCGGCGACAUGCGGUUCCGGUUCUGCGGGGACCUGGACUGCCCCGACUGGGUGCUGGCCGAGAUCAGCGUCCUGGCCAAAAUCUCCUCCGUGAAGCUGAAGCUGAUCUGCGCCCAGGUGCUGCGGGAGCUACUGGGAGAGGCCAUCGACUAUGAGAAGAUCCUGAAGCUGACGUCAGAUGCCAAGCUGGAGUCCGGCGAUGUGAAAGCCACGAUCGCCGUCCUUGACUUUAUCUUCUCCAGCGCAGCCAAGCACAACGUAGAUGGCGAGUCCCUGUCCAGCGAGCUGCAGCAGCUGGGGCUGCCCAAAGAACACGCCACGGGGUUGUGCCGGUCCUACGAGGAGAAACAGAGCUCCCUGCAGGAGAGCCUGAGGGCCUGCAGCCUGCGAUUGAGCCAGCUGGACUCGGUCUCGUGGCGGGUGGACUACACGCUGAGCUCCAGCGAGCUGCGGGACGUGGGCGAGCCCCUGGUGCACCUGCUGCUCCGCACGCGGGACCGGGGUGGCAGCGUGGCGGCUGUCCCCAUGGCUGUGUCCGCGGACAAGUUCCGGGUGCUGCUGUCAGAGCUGAAACAGGCCCAGGCGCUGAUGAAGACCCUGCUGUGAGCCCGGGAGGAUUCUGCCGCUGCCCUCACACCCACCAAGCCCCGGCCGC